GCGUGCAAAGGCGUCCCGGCCAUCCUUCACUUCCGGCUCCUCCUGGCAGGUCGGGGGCAGGGGCGUGCAAAAGCGUGCAAAGGCGUCCCGUGCUGGUGGUGGUGGGCACGUGGCUGUGUGCCUUUGCAGCGGCGCCUUUCCUUCCUCCGGCCGGCAACGGAGCGCUGGGCAGAGCGAGACCCCUGCCCCACUCCCCGGGAGGGUGCUGAGGGGGGGCAAGAUGAGAGCCUCCUGGCCGGGGCUGCGGCGGGCCCUGCAGUUGACCCUGGCCAUCGUCAAGCCCGACGCGGUGGCCCACCCUCUGGUGGGGGAGGCUGUGCAUGAAGCCAUUCUGAACCACAAAUUCUUGAUCGUCCGGACAAAGGACCUUCUCUGGAGUAAGGAGGAGAGUGAAAGGUUCUACCAGGAGCACUCAGGGCGCUUUUUCUACCGGAGGCUGGUGGAGUUCAUGUCCAGUGGCCCCAUGAGGGUUUAUAUCCUGGCUCAUGAGGAAGCCAUCACAUGCUGGAGAUCAUUGAUGGGUCCCACCAAGGUAUAUCGUGCCCGCCACACGGCCCCGGAGUCCAUCCGCGGGACUUUGGGCCUGACCGACACCCGGAACACCGUCCAUGGCUCAGAUUCUGCAGCCUCAGCCAGCAAGGAAAUUGCCUUCUUCUUCCCAGAUUUCAGUGAAGAGGAGUGGUACCAACAGGAGGAGCCACAGCUCCGUAGAGAAACAGUUGGAGCUCACGGGGUCAUCGGUCGCCACCUGAAAGAUGGCUAGAUGGAGCAGGAUUAGCCAGCUUGAAGUUCCUCUCAUGGAUGUCAACUGAGGUUCUGCCGUGACCAGUAGGCGGUCUUCGUGAGCUGAGGCUUCAUUACAGCAUGUGAACUUUGGCGUUGGAAGACGCCCAGUGCAGUGGGGUUUUGCCCCUCUUCCUAUGCCAAAGAUCAGACACACGUGUGUGUGCCAUGUACAGUCUUCACUGAUUCUCACCUUCCCUGGGAUGUUUCACGGAAGGGCAGAGUUGCCAGGAUGGGCUGAGGGGGUUCAGUCCGCAUUGGAGUGCCUGGGACCAAGGAUGACGUCCAGAAGUUGGGACCCUCACCGGGAUAGACCUGCCUCCAAUCUAGAAUGGUCUUGGGUUACUAUCUGGAAGUUGACUCCUGGCAACUGGAAGACCAUCUAAGAAGAACUGGGAGAACUUCUAAGAAAAACUUCUCAGGAGAACUGGACCUCUAAGAAGAUCUGGAAGACCAUCUAAGAAGAACUGGGAGAACUUCUAAGAAGAACUGGAAGUCCAGUUGCCAGGACUCAACUUCCAGGCAACUUUAGGUAGAUGACUUAGAAUUUUUAUUUAGUUCCUGGGUUCUGGGACAGAUUUUAGCCACAUGCCAAAGAGCCUUUCGCCUUGCGGAUUUACACACUGAACCCCUUUGGAGGGGGGGGUGCAGUCUUGCCCCAGGCAGCUGUAAGAUUGACACGCUCCCUCCCCACCUUGUGCUUAAGACUUCUGACCUCUUGCAUAACUGGCUGGGGGAUUCUGGGAGUUGAAGUCUGGGAGUCUUAAAGUUGCGAAGGAUGGGCACCCCUGCCUUAGACUUUGAGUUGUCUAGCAAAGGACCCCAGAAAGUCCCUUCCUUGUGAUCCUCCAAACAUCAUCUCCUCCUUUGGAGAGUUUGGAGUUUGACCUCCUUAUUUUAUAUCUUUCUAAAGUAUUAAACCCAAGAAAGUUGCUUUUUUCCAAAAAAGGAAAGUCUUCACCUGUUCCGCCUUGGCAGUCUCUCCACCCAGACUGUAAAUAAUUGUUAGGAGCUGGGAAGGCAGUAAAGGGUUUUCGCCCUGAAAACCAACACAUAAAUUAGAUUAUUUAUGAGUCUCUCUCCUGCCAACCAAGCGGAUUCUGCUGCUUUUUAGACCCCCGAUGGUCAAAUACAUCCUUGUUCAAUGGAAGGGCUCCAGGCUAGGUGAGGACUCCUGGAACUUCCCCAGGAAUGAAAGAUGAGAUUAUAUUUGCCCAGAGUCCAUAUUAUGAAGGAUUUAAAAAAAAAUAUUAAUUACAUUAAUCCCUAUUUUGGGUACAAAUUCUCCAAACUUAUUUAUCUUAUUGGUAAAUCAUUCCUGUUGUUUCAGGGUUUAUUGGGUUUUGUAUUGGGGUUUUAUUUCUGUAAGCCGCUCAGAGUCACUGGGGGUCAGUUGGGCGGCCUUAUAGAUUUUCUUAAUGAAAUAAAAAUAAAUUGCUAGAUAAGACGAAAAAGUGGCAUCGAAUCUGAGCGAGUGGCAAAGCAUUAGCAAGUUGUCAAGGGACUGGUAAAGAUGCCAACAGGAGGAAUUAAGUGCCCAGGUAGCCAUAAAAACUGCCCAAUCAAAUGAUUUCUAAUCAUGCAUGGGAAUUGGGCUGUGAUUAUUUUAUUUUAUUAUUUUAUAUUUAUUUCAUUUUAUUUAUAUUUUUUAUAUUUUAUUUUUAUUUUGUAUUUUAUCUUCAAAAGAAAAAACAAGAAAGUCUAGUUGCCUCCUGAAAAAGUCACCUUUGGGGCAAGAUUGACCACAAGACCGAGGCUAUCAGAGUAAGACUAGGGGGUUCCUUACCUGGCAAGUGUUGAUCCCUCCUUCCUCAUAGCCAGCACACAAGGUGUGUGGGCUCAUGGCCCCAUUGUACCAAUCGCUGCUGUUGCAUUUCUGGCUGUCCAAGAUGUUCAGUUUGGCUUCCUGCAAGACAUUGGAGGUCCUCACACCUCCGAGUAGAUAAAGGAAGUUGAUGAAUUUGGCUUCUGCCACCUGGUGGAUGCUCACACUUCCUCCCUUCCCCUCUGCCCCAGAUUCCUUUAAGAACCAAGAACAAGACCCCCACAAGUGUCCCGAGAACAAGAACUCUUUAUGAAGCCUCGGCAAGGCCACACCUGGAAUACAGCGUCCAGUUUUGGUCAGCAAAACUACGAAAAAGAUGCUGAGCCUUUUGAGAAAGUGCAGAGAAGAGCAACUAAGAGGAUUAAAGGUGGAUAGUGAUUAAUGUUUAUAUGCAUUUAUAUAUGUUUUCUGAGGUUUUCGCGGGUGUUUGUAUGUAGGUCUUUGGUUAUUCGGGUUUUCUCCCGCGUAAAAUUGGAAGUGUCUUGGCGACGUUUCGACGAAGUCUCAUUCGUCAACUUCAGGCUUCAGCUUCGUGCUUCUGGGAGCAAUGUGUGAUUGCAGCUGUUUCUUCCUUUUUAACUGCUAGUGGGGAUUUGAACUGAUUGGGUGGGAGCUUGUCUGUGCUCUGAUUGGAUGGGGGUUUUUUUGUGCUCUGAUUGGAUGGGGGUGUGUCCUGUUUGGAUGGGGGCUUGGUUGUGUUCAGAUUAGUCUGAGUUGCAGGAACAAAAAGGAAGAAACAGCUGCA